AUGCUUAAAAAUGAUAAACCCGUAAUUAUAGAUGAUUAAUAUUUGCUAACAUCUAUUUAUUAUACUGGUAGAAACUCUGUUUACUAUAAUGCAGUGCUAGUCAAAGAUGAUCACAAAAGUGCUGACAUACUAGUAUAGAUAGUUACUAAUCAGUCAUAGUGCUAUUGCAGAUUAUAUAAAAAAACCAGCGACAAUGGUAUCACUCCUAACAUUCACCAAUUUGGCAUUCUCAAAGUAGGAGAAACCUCUUAUCAUUACAUUGUACAAUAGAAAGCAGGACCCUCAUUGAAAUUGUGUUUUUAAUUGAUGAAGCGUAAAUUUUCAAUUUAGACUACUGCUUUGAUUGCUUUGAAAAUGAUUACUCAUCUCUCAUAAUUGCAUUCCUUAAAUGUAAUCCAUCGAUGCUUAAAAUUAUCCAAUCUAAUUACUACUCUCUCAUCUGAUAUCUAUUUCACUCACUUCGAAUAUUCCUCAAAAUACAUGGAUAAAAACGGCAAGAUCCUACUCAACAACAAAAACAAACUCAACCUUUAUAUCAAUAAAUUCUCAUCCAUUGGGACACAUUUAAAACAAUUUCCUUGUCCCAGAGAUGACCUAGAAUCCUUAUUCUAUGUUUUGUUACACAUCAUUACCUCUGGCAAAUUUCUGCCUUCUUAACCUAAUGUGAAACGCUCAGAGAAACUCAAAUAUUAUUACGAAAUAAAACAGAGAUUCGUCCCUGAAAGAGAAUUAAAGGGAUUCCCAGAAUAAUUCCUAUAAUUAUAUCAUGCCAUCAGGUUGCUGUCUCCUCAUGAAUUCCCUAAUUAUGAUCUAUUGAAACAACCAUUUUUUUAAUUAUUAGGCCAAAAUGAUCUACAAUUAUAAUUUGAUUGGAUUCAUCUACUCAGACCCAAGAAGAGAAAUAGUACAUCCCUCAGUCCUGUCAGAAUCAGUAAAUUAAAACAUGCUGGCAGUGUUGAUAAUAUGGCAUUUAUUCAAUAAAUCAAGAAGUAAGAUUCAAUUACAGAUGCUAUCUCUCCAGAUAGAUAAGGAAAAUCAACGAUGAAGCAUUUUGCAUUCCCCACCAGUAGAAAUACGACUGCAAACUAAUUGCCUGCUAUACAAGAAAGGCAAGAAGGAACCCAAAAUUCUAUUAAUUAAUAAAACCAAUAUAAGAAGAAGUUCGGAGGACUCUCCAUUGUCAUUUGCAAACAGUAAGACAUCAGUUCCUCAUCCUCAGGCAAUGUGAGUUCUAUGAGUGAUGACACUUCAGAAGUUGACACAAAACCAUUGAAUGGAGUCAUUGGUAAACUGGAUUUUGAUUGA